GUGGUGAUUUCCUGUUUGCCGACGUAGCUCUGAAUGCACCAUUAGCUAUGUCGUCACUUCCUGAAUCAGCUUUUGCCGUCAAACAUGGCGGCGACCUUGUGUGUGAAAUUACUACCGAAACAGGGAUGGCUCCCCCUGACACAGAGUGUCCGGUACGGCUCCAAGUCCGUGACUCGCCACAGGAAGCCGAUGCACAUCCUCAAACAGAAGCUCAUGGCUGUCACACGGUACAUUCCUCCUCCAAAGGCUGCUCCCGCAGGCGCCUACCCGUCCCAAACCAAAAGAGUCGAGGAGGAUCAUCCUCUGAUGAAGAUUUUGAAGAGGGAUUUAGAGAAGGUGUUCCAGGACCAUAAGAUGAUCGCUGUGGUCCAGAACAACGGCAGCAACGCAGAAGACAUGAUAAUUCUGAGGAACAGACUCAACAAACAUGGCAUCACCGUCAAGUUCUUCCCCAACCAGGUGAUGCGGUCAUUCCUGAAGGACAGCAUUUACUGCAACAUGACUCCUCUGAUCAUCGGACCGACAGUUCUGUUUGUCAGUAAAGAGCCAAAGGCGAAGGAGAUGCUGGCGACUUUGAGGGCCAGUCCACAGAUGACACUCCUGGGAGCCUGUGUAGAGGACACGUUGCUGAGUGCGCAGGGCGUGUUGAGCUUCUCCAAACUGCCGUCGGUGACUGACGUGCAGGGUGAACUGGUCAGCGGGCUGACGAUGCUGACGUCCGCCACAGCCUCCAUGCUGCAGCGCCACCCGGCCCACCUGUCUGCUCUGCUGCAGCAGUACGUCAAACAGCGGAGCUCAGACAGCAAAGAAGAGGCCACGUAGAGCUUCGCAGGACGUUACUGGGACUGUUGCCUGGCAGUUUUCCAGCUGCUUGAAAUGAAGACGGGCUGUUGUGUUGGAUGCACACUUUACAGUCUACUUACAAUUUAAGAGCAAAAUUUGAGGGAAAUUUUUAAGAUUAGAAGAAGUCUGUGAAGUGUACAUUCACCCGUCGGAGCACUGUGGCUUCUGUGAAAAGAAGUAGCCUGAAGAGUCGACUGUUUUCAGUUAAGUCUUGAAAGGACAAUGCAGCAAAUACGUCAGUGUUGCCCAAACAAUUCCUCUAUUUAAGGAUAAAGACGCAUGUAAAUAAAAUAUGUCAACACAA